AUGACGGGGUCCCGCAGCGAGCUGUCCACGCAUAUCACGGCCUCCUAUUUCGGCCCCGCCUACUCCAACGCGGACGCCGACCUGAACCGCGCCAUCACGAACGUGCUCAUCCACGUGAAGAGAGUCCCGGAGUACGUCAUCCGAGAGGGCAACUUCAUCAUCGACCCAUACUGGCUCCUGGAUUGCAGCGCGGGGCAACUCGCCCACUCCGACGCCAAGUGCCUACGCCUCCAGACCUAUUUCGCAUACCGGGGGAAGCGCCUGCAUGCUGCGACCGUCGCCGACGCCAUCCGAGACGCGAAGACCCUCGAGAAGGACCCGCGGGACACCCCCAAAAAGCACGAGCUGAUCGGGCUGUGGAGCCAGAAGCUCGGCUUCGCCACCCCCGCGAUCAACACGGACGCGAAUCACAAGCUGAUCUUCAACCCCAGAUAUGCCGCCAGGGAGUUCGGGUCGUCGGGCCUCGCCUACAAGACGAUAUGCAACACCUUCUAC